AUGGUGAACUGGACUCCAGAGCUUAUUUCAAAAUUCCUCCUCACCACCUUGCAGCAAAUCUCCCCCCAGAUUUCUCGUGAAACCUGGAAUAAGGUUGCAGACGUGAUGGGAGAUGAUUUCUCUGCCGAAGCAUGUCGUCAAAAGUACGCGAAACUACUGGGGGCCGCGGGUGUCGAGUCUGUUCCAACUACUCCCGGGCCAGCAACUCCAGUGAAAGCUACUCCCAAGUCUGGAGGUCGCAAGCGCAAGGAUGCCACCGGCAUCGAGGCCAUCACCCCUUCCAAGCCUUCUUCCGCGAAAAAGCAGAGGAAGGUUAAACUCCCUGAUACCUUCAAGGCCGAAGAGAAAAAUGGCAUGAAGAUUGAAGAAGAUAUUGACCAUGAGGAAUUGGUGGUCCCCCCAACUCCAUACAAGAAGCCUGUCAAGUCUGCCUUCGCCGAUGAUUCUGACUAA